AUGGGUUUCAAGCAUGCCAUAAUGCAGCGUACUUAUGACUUGUCACCAUUGUCACCACCAACACCAACGACAACAGCAACUGCAACAACAACGGCUCUGGCAAUUCAGCCAAAUGGAGCAUCGGUGGCUGUUGCCGCUGCAGCAGCUCCUGGCCAAGUUACAGACUUUAGCAUAAGUCGCAUAUUGGGCAAAGAGAAGGAGAUUAAAAAAAAGACCACAUCGGAUAUAUUGGAUCUCUCGAAGGGCAGUCAACCAGCAACUCAAAAGCCAAUUACAGCACAACCAACGACAACAUCACCAAUUGCCGUCUCAACUCCGGCCAGUAAUCCAUAUUUAAAUGCCUAUUCACCAGAUUUUUUGGCCAUGGCAAAUGCUACCAAAUUCUAUGCACAAUUCUUUCCGCAUCUAUUGCCGGCAUAUGCGGCGGCAGCAGCAGCAGCUGGUCUAAAUACGCCACCCACUUCGCCCUAUCAGCAGACCCAAACCCAACACCAGCAACAGCAGCAGCAGCAACACCAACAGAAACGUUAUUUUGCUCCCUAUGUGAUCAAUGGCAGUUCCCAGACACAAUCUUAUGCACCUCGUACGAAAUCUUCUACAGCCUGCACAAGGCCGGAUUGUCUGGAGUGCUUGGAUUACUACAAACAACUUCAAUCCGUUGCCUAUAAACACUCGACCCCAUUGAUAUCGCCAGCAGCCUCAUCGGCAAGCAGCACACACAGUACACGUCCUGGUCGGCAGGAUAAUCUCAAUCUCCAUCUCAAUCAUCUUACCACCAGCAGCACAAAUAUCUCACUGACCACAGUGACCAAUCUAAGUCUGAGUACUAGCCAAAAUGCGGCAUCUGUUGCCCUCAUACCCAAGCCUCAAGCCGUUGUCAGUGCCGUCGGCAUGGGAACUAAUAACACAGCCUCCUCAGAAGAGAUCAGCUACAAGUGUCGCAUAUGUGACAAAGUUUUCGGUUGCUCAGAGACACUACAGAACCACGAAAAGACUCACAAAUCACCGCGCUAUGAAUGUUCGGAUUGCGGCAAAGGAUUCUCCCAGUUACGAAAUUAUAAAUAUCAUUUGUCGGUUCAUCGUGGGACCAAGGAAUUCGCAGCCGAGUGUCCUGAGUGUGGGAAAACGUUUAAUGACAAAGGUUAUCUGAGUAGUCAUAUGAAAAUACAUAGAAACCGCAAAGAAUAUGAAUGUCCUUAUUGCCCCAAGUCAUUUAAUCAACGUGUCGCCUUCAAUAUGCAUGUGCGCAUCCACACGGGAGUCAAGCCACACAAAUGCACCGAAUGUGGCAAGAGAUUCUCGCGGAAGAUGCUCCUCAAGCAACACAUGCGCACCCACAGUGGCGAGAAACCAUAUCAGUGUUCCGUUUGUGGCAAAUCCUUUGCCGAUCGCAGCAACAUGACCCUGCAUCAUCGUCUCCAUUCGGGCAUAAAGCCAUUCAGUUGUCCACUCUGCCCGAAAGCCUUUACAAAAAAGCAUCAUCUGAAAACGCAUCUCAACUAUCACACCGGCUGCAAGCCCUACGUCUGUCCGCAUCCCAAUUGCAAUCAGGCCUUCACACAAUCGAGUAAUAUGCGUACCCAUGCCAAAAAGUGUCAAUAUCGACCAAUGGAUAGUGCUCCAGGCGGCACAUAUCCUAUGCUUGGGAAGAGUCCGAGUCAAGGACAAAGUCAAGUGCCUGCCAGCCUAUCACUGGCCACAUUCGCCAUACCUGGACCACCACCUUCAGCGACCUUUCCGCCGGCACAGCAAUCUCUGCUCAGUAAUUUGAGAACAUUUUGA